AAAACUUUUUAAUCAUAAAAAUUAAAAUAUAAUUAAAAAAAUGAACUAAGACAAACCAAUUAACAUAUGUAUUACAGGAGCAGCUGGAAAUAUUGCAUAUGCCAUGUAUCCUUUAUUAUGUAGCGGUUAAAUAUUCGGUCCUAAUUAGCAUAUGAAUAUAAGAUUAUUGGACAUAGAAGUGUAAAAAAAAAUACUCGAAGGCGUAGUAAUGGAAUUACAUGAUUGUGCUUUUGAAUUAGUAAAUAGUAUAGAAUAUGGUUUUGAACCAGAAAAAAUGUUCAAAGAUAUUGAUAUAGGUAUAUUUUUAGGGGGGGAAUCAAGAAGACCUGGUAUGGAAAGAAGAGAUUUAUUAUAAGUAAAUUAUAAAAUAUUUAAAAAUUAGGGAAGAGUAUUAAAUAAAAUGGCUAAAUAAACAACUAAAAUAUUAGUUAUUGCUAAUCCAGUUAAUACAAAUUGUUUAGUUUUGCUUGAAAAUUGUCCAAAUAUUCCAAAAAAAAACUUUAGUUGCUUAACUAGACUAGAUCAUAAUCGAGCUUUAGCAUAAUUAUCAAUAAAAGCUCAAACAAAAAUAGAAAAUGUUAAGAAUGUAAUUAUUUGGGGAAAUCAUAGUUCAACUUUAUAUCCAGAUCAUAAUCAUGCAAUUAUCGGACAAGAAAAAGCUAUCAAUAUGUUUGAUGAAUAAUGGAUAAAUAAUCACUUCAUUCCGAAAAUUUAAAAAAGAGGUGGAGAAGUACUUAAGGCUAGAUAAAAUUCAUCUGUUUUAAGUGCUGCAGUAGCUAUAAAAGAUCAUUUAAAAAAUUGGAUUUUUGGGACUAAAGAUGGAGAAUUUGUUUCUAUGGGGGUUUACUGUGACGGAAGCUUCUAUGGUUUACCGUAGAAUUUUGUUUUUUCAGUACCAGUAAUUUGCAAAAAUUUCGAUUAUGAAGUUGUAAAAGAUUUAUAAAUAAGUGAGGUAUAAAAAAAUAGAAUUAUGGAUAGCUUAAAAGAGUUAUAAGAAGAAAAGGAAGAAACAUUACUUGAAGAUAAUGAAAAUAUAGAUGAUGAAGAAUAAAAUGGGGAAUAAUAAUAAAAUAAUUCUUGA